AUGUCAUUGCCAUUGAACCAUCAAACAGAGCUUAAUUUAUGGUUCGAUAACAUAACCUUUAUUGGAGCUCAUUAUCAAAGGCGAUUGACCAAUAUUUCUUUGCUCUCACCUCCUUUUUCCUUCAUGCUUCAGACCUUUUUACACUUGCUACUUCAUCUUAUACGUCACGUUGACAAAAAAGAAAUUAUAAAAACAGAAAAGUUGCAUAUACAACAAGACAAUGAAACUUUCAUGUCACGUCACAUGAAAAGGAGUGUCGAGUUGAGUGAACAAACGAUGACGUUGGAAUGUCCUGCAGCAAACAAUUGUUAG